AUGAGUAAAAUAGCAAUCUUAAAUGCCAACCCACCCCAAGAAGCGCUCAAGCGAUGGGGAAGUUUUGCAGACAUGGCAAUAGAGAUGUUUGAAGCGACCAAGGCAAGUUUUUUGAACUCAACAGUAGAAUAUGAGGUGUACAAUGUUUACGAGAAAGACUUUCCAACAGUUUUAGAGCUUUGUAAUGGAGACUAUCUGGGGCUGCACAUUACAGGGUCCACUAGUGAUGCGUAUGCGAUAGAUAUAGAGUGGGUUAACAUAUUGCGUAAGCUUUUGCAAAACUUGCUUAAAAAUGGAGCUCACCCGCCAAUAAGUGGCAUCUGUUUUGGUCAUCAAAUACUUGCUUCUGCACUAGGUUCUGAAGUCAGGCGUAAUCCGAAAGGCUAUGAAGGCGGUAUAACACGCCUAGAAAUCACAAAAGAGGCUUUAAAGCUCGGGCUAUUCCAAAACUCAACAAGCCCGUUACCAUCUUGCGAGUUCUACGCUUCUGAGUCUCACUCGGAUUUUGUUAAGAAUGUCCCUCAUGGAUACAUCAAUACUUUAACUUCUAAAAAAUGCGACGUUCAAGGCCUCUAUAAGCGGAAUGUGGCACUUACAUUCCAGUGCCAUCCUGACUUUAUCAGUGAGGUUUGCAUCAAAUGUAAUGAGGGCACCUACAGCAGGGGCGAAAUAAAUGCUGAUGAAUUGGCGCAUAUGAAAGAAAGCGGUAGGCAACGCAACAACGACGGCAGGUUCUUUGCAACAUAUAUUUGGAUGCUUUUCACAAAUGUUCUGUGA